CCCCGUGCCCUUUUUGUGGCUCUCUUCGUCUACCUGACGUCUUCGAUCUCGGGGGAUUUCUCCCGAAACAAAAGGCCAAUCCGGCGAAUUAGCACCGGCAGACGUAGCUGAAACUCGCGCUGAGAGAGCGAGUAGCAAAGGAAGAAUCUGAUGGAUCAGCAUCAACGUCAGGAGGUUAGUGAGAAUUAUUCGAAUCCAAAGACCUGCCUCUUUCAUGUGCUCUUCAAGGCUGGGGCAUUGGCAUUCUACAUACUGUCCGCACUGUUUGUGCACAACUUUGUCAUCAUCUUUGUUGUCACCGUGUUCCUAGCAGCACUUGACUUCUGGGUGGUUAAGAAUGUAAGUGGAAGGAUAUUGGUUGGACUGCGUUGGUGGAAUGAGAUUAAUGAUGAGGGCAAUAGCGUGUGGAUGUUUGAAUGCCUUGAUGAACAGUCUCUUGCUAGGAUGAACAAGAAAGACUCGUGGUUGUUUUGGUGGACUCUUUACUUGGCCGCUGCUGCAUGGGUCGUUCUUGGGAUAUUCUCGCUCAUCAGACUUCAAGCUGAUUACCUUCUUGUCAUUGGAGUGUGCCUGAGUCUCAGCAUUGCAAAUAUUAUUGGGUUUACGAAAUGCAAAAAAGAUGCCAAGAAAAACUUCCAGGAUAUUGCUCAAAGCGCACUCCUAUCAUCCAGCAUGAGGUCAACUCUGCAGUCAGCAUUUGGUGUCUAACCAUAACCAGAGGACCUAUUUGUGGCAUGUAACGUGUACAAUCCAUGGAUAAGAUGAUGCAUUUGCCUUUUGCUUUAGUUGCUCGUGCCUAGCUUUUCUCCAACCAUGUACAUCUUCCUGGCCCACAAUGUCCUUGAUAUUGCUCUACUGUCACCAAAGAGGUUGGUCAUGAGUUCUGACUGGCGCUAACGCACUUUGAGCGUCAAUAUAAACACAUUACUCGGUAAUCACUAGGUACUGAUGAUCUUUGAGGGUUUUCUAGCAUUCAGUCAUUAUGCUAUACUGUAAAAGGGAGUAAUUCGGAGUGCAGUCUAGUUGACUUAAUGAAACCUCAUGUACAUGAACUUGUCCUGAUGUCUUUACUUGGAGUACCCUCGUUUUGUUUUCUCU